AUGGGGCCGUGUUACGUGUCCCGCACGGGGCUGUACAGCUGCCCUCAGAGCUGUCCCCCCUCACAGGCACAGGGCCGCUGCCAGCGCUGCCCGGGCUGUGGCUGUGCGCUCAUAUUUGUAGGGGCGGCGGGCGCUGCGGGCGGGGCGCGGCUCCCCCGAACCCUGCGCGCUGACGGGCUCCCGCCGCAGGCGCUGGUGGACGACACUGAGGAUGUGUCCCUGGAUUUCGGGAGCGAGGAGGAGCUGGCGCUGCGGAAAGCGCGGAUCAGGCACCCACUGGCCACCUUUUUCCAUCUGUUUUUCCGAGUGAGUGCUAUUGUUACCUACUUGUUCUGUGACUGGUUCAGCAACAGCUUUGUUGCUUGUUUUGUCACUAUUCUCCUCCUUCUAUCCUUUGACUUUUGGUCUGUCAAGAAUGUGACAGGAAGACUCUUGGUUGGUUUGCGUUGGUGGAACCAGAUUGAUGAAGAUGGAAAAAGUCACUGGGUGUUUGAAGCAAAAAGGGUGCCUACAAUAGCUGCCUCAACUGAAGCUGAAGCCCGAAUCUUUUGGCUCGGUCUCAUCAUCUGCCCAGUGAUUUGGACAAUGUUUUUCUUUAGCACCUUGUUCUCCUUGAAGCUGAAAUGGCUGGCUCUCGUGAUUGCUGGGAUCUCCCUCCAGACUGCUAAUUUAUAUGGCUACAUCCACUGCAAGUUAGGGGGACAAAAAUCCAUCAGCAGAGUAACCUCAAGGCUGUUUGGCAUGGCAGAUGUCAAGAGACAGAGCAGGAGAAUUUCAGAAGAUGGCACUGGAGAACAUGGGAAUACAGGCACCAGGUAACCAAACAAGGAAGAGCUAAAGGAUGAGCAGUAAAAAAGUAAUUCAUGAACGCUGAUCUUCAUGGGAAGAUAUUUAGAUAAAGCUCAUCUAGAAUUAUGCCUGCAUGAAAUAAAGUCAUUUGUGCUUGAGUCUUUAGAUCCUGGAAGGUUUGAAGCCUUUGUUAUUUAAAAGCUUCACCAAAAAGUUGUUUGUGUGAGCACAGACAGUGCUUGUGGUUUACAAGGAGCACGCUGCUUUCAGAAAAGUUGUCAAUUAAUCACAAACUGUUGGAUUAUCUUAUCCCGAAAUUAUAUGUAAUGAAAAGACAGUGCUAAUUUGUUUAACUUUGGAACAACAAUAAACAAAAUCCAAUUGCCUUUC